ACCCUAAAAAAGGUCAAAAAUUCACUGCGCUUGACUAUUGAUUCACAGCAUUUUUGGUCUGAUUCAACUAUAGUUCUUUGCUGGAUAAAAACAUGCAAACAACAAUUAAAACAAUUUGUCCACAAUAGGAUCACAGAAAUCACUAACAACUCUGACCCCACAGAUUGGCAUUAUGUACCCACAACCUUGAACCCUGCCGACAUAGGUAGUAGAGGUCAGAGCGCAUUAAAUCUCAAAGAUUCACCUUUGUGGUGGGAAGGACCGCCUUUCCUCCAUAAAGGUGAAAUACAAUGGCCUACUCAACCUCAAAAUUUGCCUUUAGAGAAUUUGCCUGAAGUCAAAAUACAAUGUCACGUUUCAACUGAACAAUGCGAGGAUAAUUUCACCUCUAAAUAUUCAAACUUUUGUAAAUUACAACGAAUUAUAGCAUACAUGAAUAGAUUCGUUCAUAACUGUAAAAAUAGAACUAACAAGAAUACAGGUCCAUUAAAAGUGUCAGAGCUUAAUUUGUCAUUACAAAUGUUGUGUAAACAAGUGCAGACAGACAAAUUCAAUGAGCAACUCUUGCGUUUGCUAAACAAACGCCCACUUUCUCACAAGGAUACCCUGUUGAAAUUUAAUCCAUUUGUAGAUACCUUUGGAAUUUUGCGAGUAGGUGGCAGACUUGCAAAUUCAUACUACGAUUAUAACACAAAACACCCUAUUUUAUUACAUGCAUCACAUCACAUCACUAAAAUAUUAGUACAUCACUACCAUCGAAUGUUAAUGCACACUGGACCACAGCUGAUGCUAGCAACAUUACGCCACAGGUAUUGGAUAAUUAACGGCCGUAACCUUUGCAGGCAAACGUCACAAAGCUGCAUUACAUGUUUAAGAUAUUCGGGUAAAACUCAUCAACCAAUUAUGGGCAACCUGCCACUGCAAAGGGUACAGUCCGAAUACGUAUUUGCUAACACAUCCUGUGACUACGCUGGGCCAAUCCUGAUAGCGAGCAGAAAGGGUCGUGGUUGUCAAACUAAGAAAGCAUACAUAGUUGUUUUUGUUUGUUUGGCAGUGAGGGCGGUACACUUGGAGCUCGUCACUGAUUUGACAGCCAUGGGCUUUAUUGCCGCGUUAAAUAGAUUCAUAGCCCGCAGAGGCAAACCAGCCACCAUUUUGUCAGAUAAUGGUACUUCUACAAAGGAAAUAGAAUUCAAAUUUUGUCCUGCUUAUAGCCCACAUUUUAAUGGUUUGGCAGAGGGCGCAGUUAAGCGAGUAAAAUAUCAUUUAAAACGAGUUACCUCCAUGGCUCACUUAGAUUACGAAGAGAUGGUAACAUUUUUGGUUCAAGUUGAAGCUUUACUUAAUUCUAGGCCUUUAACCCCAAUUUCAUCGGAUCCAUCCGAUCUUACCCCUCUUACCCCUGCGCAUUUUUUGAUAGGACGAACGCUCACUAUGAUACCUGCUCCCUUGGUGCAAGACUCGCCGAUACAUACCCUCGCGAGAUAUCAGAGAAUAGAUGCGCUAAAAGCGCAUUUUUGGAAUCGUUAUUAUAAGGAAUUCAUUUCAGAACUGCAGGUCCGAAACAAAUGGCGCAGGAAUGGAGGCCAGCUGAAGCUCGGCGAGAUGGUUCUCGUCAAAGACGACCGCUUGCCCCCCAGCAGAUGGCUGCUCGGGCGAGUCGCCGCAGUCUACUCGGGCGACGACGGAGUCAGCCGCGUCGCUGACGUCACCACCACCACAGGGACGCUGAGGAGGGCCUACAACAGGCUCUGCCCGCUCCUACUGACAUUGGACCAGGAUGGUCCAAGGGGGCCAGCUUGUUAGCGCGCCCCACUAGAGGACUCGCAGACCGGGUCCCCGCCU